CACCUUGCCCUUUUGUAUUGAAACAAAAAAAAAAAAAGUUGUUGAUUAAAGUAUGAAUGUGAAAGCAAAUCCACAUGACAAACCCUUUCAGCUGGGACCCGCCUCUUGCAGAGCAGGAAUGUAAAAUGUACCUGAACUGGAUCCUGUAUGGGGAAGAAUGGCAGCAGAAACUCAGCAACAAUGUGCUGGUUUCAGGGAAAAGAUUUCCCUGACACGUCUGACAACAUCAGAUCACAUUUAUCUCCGACCGCUGUGGCACUCUCCGGCAAAGAGAAGCUGCUAAUCUUGGAAGACAAUGGACGGGUGCUGCUUGUCUCCUGAAGAACAAGACGGCCGGAGGAUAUCCAGAGAAAUAGAGAAACAACUUAAACGGGAUAAACUAAACCUUAAACGGGAAUUGAAGUUGCUGCUUUUAGGAACUGGUGAAAGUGGGAAGAGUACCUUUAUUAAACAAAUGAGGAUCAUUCAUGGGAAUGGGUACAGUGAGAAUGACAGAAAACAAUACACUCGCAUUAUCUUCCAGAACAUCUUCACAGCCAUCCAGACGCUGAUUGGUGCCAUGAAGGCUCUAAAGAUUGGCUAUGCUGAUGCUCAAAAUGCUGAAAAAGCGGAGAGACUGAGCCAAGUGGAGGAUCUGAACAGUUUGACGGACUGGCAGGUGGAUGCCAUUAAGCGAGUGUGGAAUGACGGCGGCAUACAAGAGUGCUAUGACCGUAGGAGGGAGUACCAGCUAUCAGACUCUGCCAAAUAUUAUCUUAGUGACCUGGACAGAAUCGCAGGCCCAGGUUUUGUCCCCACUGUUCAGGACAUUUUGAGGGUCCGAGUAGCCACGACAGGCAUCAUAGAGUACAUGUUUGAUAUGUCAAAGGUCAUCUUCAGGAUGGUAGAUGUAGGGGGCCAGCGAUCAGAGAGGAAGAAAUGGAUCCAUAGCUUUGAAGAUGUCACUUCUGUCAUAUUCCUGGCGGCUCUGAGCGAAUACGAUCAAGUCCUUUAUGAAAGCCAGAACGAGAAUCGACUACGCGAGAGCCUCGCAUUGUUUCAGACAAUCACCAUGUCUGAUUGGUUUCACAACUCUUCCACCAUCCUUUUCCUGAACAAAAAAGACCUUCUGGAAGAGAAAAUCACCAAGUCAGAUUUGGCAGUCUACUUUCCAGAAUACACAGGACCGAAGGGCGAUGCCGGUUCAGCACAAAGGUUCAUCGAGAGGAUGUACGUCCAAUUACACAGCAAGGAUUCCAAACCGCUCUAUACGCACUUCACCUGCGCCACAGACACGGAGAACAUCCGGGUUGUCUUCAAAGCGGUCAAAGACACACUCUUUCAAGAUAACCUUGAAAAAUUUGGCAUUGUAUGAGAGAAAACCAAGUGAUGACUUUUACCUUUCGUAGCACAAAAGAACAGUUACAAAUCCAUGUUGCAAUGUUUCGAUAUCAAAGUACUGCCAGACUCAUGUUUUUUUAACCAUAAAAAAAAAUGAGUAUCAAAGGUGAGGGUGUUUAUUUUCUAUGUAUUGAAUAACAUAAUUUUCUUAAAAUAUCUAUGUGUCCAAAGUAAUAAAUUAUGAAAUAAAUUCCAUUAAAAUUAUGUAAUGUAAUUAGAAAUAUUCAACCUCGCCACCUCAAUAGAUUAUCCUGAUGUGGUUAAAAGAUGAUGGCACUAAAAAAACUAACAAAAAAAAACUAACUAAGCAAUCAAAAUACUUACUGAUAAUAUCUCAGAAGAUGACCUAAGUUCAAAUGAAAAGUUUAACAUUUGUGUUUCCUUCCACCUGCCAUGCAAAUUUUGAGCAAAACUUUAAAGAAAGUGAAAAUUAGGCGAUUUUCCACUUAUUGGUUUGAAGUGAAUCAACCAGGCCACCUAAAGCUUAUUUUUGUCAGAUGUUGAUGCUACGCACGGCUGUAAAAGAGAGAAGAAAAAACACACACACACACACACACACACACACGCACACACACACACACACUUUCAUGCCUCAAUCAGAUUUAAAUCUGGUGAGUAAAAAGGCUUCAUUAGAAGACAUUUUUCUGAACAAACAGGGGAAAAAAAACCCCCCAAAAAACACAGCUCCACAUCAACAACAACCCACCUCCAUGCUUGACUGUUAGGUUGAUAUUCUUCCAGUCUUAAUCCUGGCCUUUCUCAAACCCCGGAUCCAAAUGUUCAAACGUUUGCAAUGUGGCAAAUUCCAGUUUGGUGUUUUAUCCAUCUACAAAACUCUUAUCUCAUCCAAAUUCCUCUGACAUGUUCUGGGUGACCUUUGAAGUGAGUGGAAUGUCUCUUAGAAUCAGGCCACGACGUCCUCUUGUAUUCUGUGUACGACUCACAGUUUAUACUAAACCUUGUCAUAAGAUUAGUAUGCUUAUUGAGGUCCCUUAUUUUGGAAUGACCGAGUAAAUUUCUGUUAGUGUAUUUAUUGGAUAAGACAUUACAGAAAAUAAUCCAUGAAAAAUACAUUAAAAUAGAUCACUUUGGCAAAAGGGUGCAUUUGGGCAUAUUAAGCAUAUUAAGUCACCUACGUUCAAUAAGAACUGAUCGUUCUUCUCGUAUAUGUUUUAUACAACUUCUUCAACGACGAUGUUGUCAGACAGGUUUGACGGAGUUCAACUCAAUACAAUGCAACACUUCCUGCUUAACAGCUUUGAAAGGAGGAAGUAAAAGUAUCCCCAGCAGAGAGAUAAAGCACCUUGUCUUUUUCUUUUCUUCCUUUAAUCAACAGUGAUGAUGGGACUUUUAUUUUAAAAAACCUUUUAUAUGUGUUAGUCACCACUAUCUUUUUAAAGUACAAAUAAUAAAGCUUCAUGUUGCGAAUGCAUGUGUUGUAAGACCUCAAUUAAAUUGCAUCUGUGUCUGGUUGUUUUCCAUUGUAUGUAUAUAAAAAUAAAAUGUAUUUUAAUUUA